CCCUGCUGUUUGAAUAUUGCUGCAUCUGUGACUUCAUUAGCCGUAGCUGAGCUAGGCAAGGUCUAAUGGCUACUACCAACCAGGAAGUAACUGUCUGGCUUCUCUCCUCCCUGGAGACUGGUGUAGUGGGGACUGCAACUGCUCCAGCCCAUCACUUUAUUGUAGUCACCGCAUGCCAUGAAGCAACCUACAGCCAGCUGAUCCAGCAGUAUUGCCUUGGGCAAUUUAAGUUGGAUAUGGAAGCAAUAGGGCAGAAACUGUGGUGUGACUGGGAUGAGACAGUAGACACUUACGGUGAGCUCACCAACUGUACCUUCCUAAUAGCUGGGAAACUAGACUGCUAUUGGCCGAACAAGCUGGUGGACGAGUUCUUCAUAGCCAUUCACAAACAUUAUUUCAAAAACUGCUCCCUCUCUGGGAGGUCUCUGAAAGACCCACCAAAUAACAUCCUGUAUCCAUUCAUUGUGAUACCCAUUCUUGUUACCCUGCUCAUGACAGUACUAGUGGUGUGGAGAAGCAAAAAGAGCGAAGGCAUUGUGUAACUUCAACUGCCCUGCACUGCAACCUAGGAUGGCUCUAGGUCCAUAUGGACACUAUUUUGUGGAUGAAACUCUCUUCAGUAGAUAAUAAGGGCCCUUGCAAAAUCAGCAGCCUGUUGGAAACCAUUGAGCAAGACUGCUCUAGUGAACCAUUUUGUCACCCUACAGCAAGCUGGGAGGGCUCAUCAGUAUUAUAAAGGCAGUGCACAACUGACAUUUCAUCCUGUGCUGACAAGAGAAGUGUCACAUGCUUUUCUUCUGGAGAACAAUCUUUGUUAAAGCAGAGAUGACACCCUUUGGACUAAAAUCUCUGCUCCGCAAGUUGCUAAUACUCUUAGCACCUCUCACGUGCCAAUUCCUUUGUCAUUUUAAUUGUGUCAUAAAUACAUUUUUUAAGUGAAAGUUCUAUAAUUAAAGAUUAGUAUCUAUAUGCCUAACCAAUAAUUAGUUCCAGUGGCCCUUGGGAGGUACUAUUCUUCACAAAUAAUCUGAAUAUUCUAAUUCAUUUCUUGGAAAGUUGUGGAUUGAAUGCUGCUGAAUCCUGUUAAUAAAAGGCAUCCCUGAUUACUUUGCAAA